AUGACGGAAUUGGAAAACAACGAGUCAAACCUCCCUACCAGUGCAGAGAUAUCUACGGCCGCGCAAGCUACCGGAGAAACGUAUUUUAACCCCUCAUAUGAUGGGGCACUGAUUAUUCUAAGCGUUAUGAUAAUCGCCAUAAAUUUACUGGUGAUUUCACUGUUCUUUUACCGCGAAUAUCUACAGACAAAAACGAACAGUUUGCUCAUCAGUCUUGCCGUCUCCGAUCUACUAGCUGGUUUAUUGGGGAUCCCUCUGAUCGUCGCUUGUAACGCGGUUUUAAAAGCCGGAGUUUGUACAGCAGGAGCGCUGAUCUACCGCUUUAUAGCCGUCUCAACCAUGUACCACAUCCUUGUGGUGACUCUAGAAAGGUACAUCUAUGUGAUGUAUCCAAUGAAGUACAUUAACAUCGUGACGGCACCACGGGUGCUCAAAGCUAUCGCUGGCAUUUGGUUGUUCUCAAUGUUUAUCUCGCUUAUCCAGUUGACUUGGGAAGAUCCAACACGAUUCUUCAAACCUCGCGAUUCAGCCUCUCAACAGUACGCACUUGCCUACACCAUCGUGGGAAUUGUCUUCUGUUUUUUUCUGCCUGCUCUGUUAAUGGCCAUCAGCUACGUGAGCAUGUUCAUGGUAAUUCACCGUCAGAUAAAGGAGAUCCGUGGCCUGUACAACACGCGCGCUACGGGCGCCAACAGUCAACGUGCUCCGAUUGCUACAGAAGCGCGCGCUCUGAUCAUCUUCGUGGCGAUGCUCUCAAUUUUCAUAAUUUGCUGGCUGUCGUUUUAUGUCACCGGAUUUUUAAUUCUUCUCCCAGGGCUGCAUAUAGAGGCAAUACCAGAUGAGGUAUUUAUGACAGUUGACUUUAUUCGUUUUUCUGUGUCUCUCGUAAAUCCCAUUUUGUACGCGUUUCUCAAGCGAGAUUUUUCCAGAGCACUUAAAUCUCUCUGUAAAAGGGAUGGCAUACAACCAGGGGAGCUUGCCUCGUCCUCGUCUACAUCGCGAUUUCGCACACUCACCAUCAAUUUCUCUCUGUCAAGAUCCUCCGAAAUGUAUAGAGACUGA